UAAAGAUGAACAAAACUAAAUCAAUUGCCUCUCUCUCCCUCCCCCAUUUCUUAGAUUCUCUGUCUUUCUCUUAUGAACAUGUCAUCGCCCUCCAAAUAUAUACAAAUCCUCUCUUAAUUAAUUUUAAUUCUUUCCAUUCACACUUCAAUAUUUUUUCCAUAUAAAUAUUUCUUAUUCUUUACUCUUCACUUUUCUAGCUUCAAUCUCUAUCUUCCCCCUCCUCUUUCUGCCAUCCCUUUCGUUUCGAUGUUUAGCGACUGAAUUUUCCAUAAACCCAAAACAAUGAUCAAACUUAUCUUACUUCCAUCCUUUUCCCCAAUCAUCAUCCAUCUUUUUAUUUUAAUCUAAUUUUCAUUUUUUGAUUUAAUUUAUAUAAACGGAGAAUUUCCUUUUAUGUUUUGGAUAUUUGUCUGAAAAUGGAAGGACAUAUGCAUCAUCAACAACAACAUCAGUAUCAUCAUCAACAACAGCAGCAACAACAACAACAACAACAACAUCAAGCGCCGCCGCAGCAGCAUCAAAUGAGUGGCGGCGCUACGGUGGGGGUAGACACAGGGGAUAGAUUCCCUCAGUGGAGUAUUCAAGAGACAAAAGAGUUUUUAAUUAUCCGGUCCGAUUUAGACCGGAAUUUUAUGGAGACGAAACGGAACAAGCUUCUGUGGGAAGUUAUCUCUACUAAGAUGAGAGAGAAAGGAUUCAAUCGUAGCGCUGAGCAGUGCAAGUGCAAGUGGAAAAAUCUCGUCACCCGUUACAAGGGGUGUGAGACAAUGGAACCGGAAGUGAUGAGACAACAAUUCCCAUUCUACAACGAGAUGCAAGCAAUAUUCUCAGCAAGGAUGCAGAGGAUGAUGUGGGCCGAGGAAGAAAGCGGGCCGGGUACAUCAUCAAAGAAGAACAAGCAAGGGUUAACCUCUGACGAGGAAGAAGACGAAGACACAGACGGAGAAAAAGUCGGUCACGUCAAGAAGAAAGCCAAGAAAGCAAAGACGACGACGACAACUAGUGUUGCUAAUGUUGGUACAAUAACAAACAGUAACAAUAGUAUAAAUGCAAUGAAGGAAAUGUUGGAGGAUUUCAUGAAACAACAGUUGCAGAUGGAGGUGCAAUGGAGGGAGGCGUACGAGGCGAGGGAGGAGGAGAGGAUGAGGGCGGAGAUGGAGUGGAGACAGAGAAUGGAGGCGUUAGAGAAUGAGAGAGUGUUAAUGGAAAGGAGAUGGAGAGAGAGAGAAGAGCAGAGGAAAAUGAGGGAAGAAGCUAGGGCUGAGAAAAGGGAUGCUCUUAUUACUACUCUUUUAAACAAGCUUAGAAGAGAAGAUUAAUUCAUUAGCUACCAACAAAUCCAACCAUGUUCUAUUAUUCGUCGAUCUUCUACAUUCUUCUUCUUCUUCUUCAUCAUCAUCAAAUGUUGUAGCUUUUUAGCUAGAUCAUGCACAACCUAAGGUUAGUUUAAUUUGUUAUUGUUUUUCUUUUCCUUUUUAAUGUUGUCUUUUUAUUUAAUUUAAUGAGGAAAUUAGUAAAGUUAAUGAACUAGAUUAGCUAGUUAAUUUUAAAUGUUUAUUUUUAAUAUUCAUCAUUUAUGUAUAAAUUGCACUUCAUUUUAGUCUCCCUAAUAAAUUUAGGUUUCUUUGGGCAUUAA